AACGGAAGUGCCGAAAGUGUGGAUACCUCGGACAACAACCCGCCCCCGGCGCUGCUUCCGCGGCAGCCGCUUCGACCGUUCAACGCCGCCGUCGUAUUAAGGUGCGUCGCGCCGCGACGUCCGGCGUCGACGGCGAAUAAUACGGCAACGACGGCGCCGACGACGACGACGACGACGACAGCGGCCGCGAUUGUGCCAGCCACGUUGUCCACGUCCCCCCAAGGCUCAACGACCUCCUCGGCCGUUGUUCGAGUGUCGCCGCAGCCGCCACUCUUGACGCCGCCCCAGUAUCCUGCGCCUCCACGGCCCCCUAGUCGUACCGGUGGGGAUGAAGCGCGUGUCGCGAGGGCGAGAGGAAGCGGACGCGGAGCAUUACCGAGCCCCAUCCUCGCUAAUGGAACGUCCUCGUCGAGAGUGCCACCACCUCGCGCGGGCUGGGCAGUGCGGAUUACCGAGGCGACACUUACUCCAACGUCAAGUCAGAGUCCAUCGGUUCCAGGUACACCGUCGACGGCUGUCGAACGAUGGGCUAGCGAGCGGACGCCAUCGGUUUGGACGGAUCGUGCCACAGCGUCAUUAUCACCAUCGUUGUCAGCAGCAGCAGCAGGAGCAACGGUAUCAAACACACAAGAAGGAUUGUUCUUCGCAGCGGAUCGAAGAGCCGGGGGAUCAGUUAGCGCAGCAGGUAUCCGUCUCGAGCAUUGUUGGAUCGAGGAGAGGAAGGAGCUGGAGGCGACGAAGAAGGUGGAGCAUCGGCAACAGCAGUGCCAGGAUUAUCGGCGGCAACGUCACUUGGAGACGUCAGCUACGCAUAGUCCAGGAGCAGCAGGUCAUCUUGAACUGAGCGGUCGGCCGAUGUCACGUAAUAAUGCGAUACCGCCGCUCUCGCGGCCUCCUUCCUCGCGAACGAACAUUGCCGCGGGCGCGGCUGUCGGCGGUUUCGCCGCCGACAAUGACGAUUGUAUCGGUAGUGCCGGCGAAGAUGCGGAUUCGCGCCUCGUCUCCGCCGAGGCUCCUCGCGUGCACGAUCAUAGUCGACCGUUCCCGCCGCCGCGAUUACCGCUCGUGCACCCGGUAACGUCGGUACCGUCCGUGCCACCGCCGCCACCUCCGCCGCCUCCGCCGGUGUCGGAUAACGUAACGACGACAGUGUCGUCGGCACCCGGGACGCCAACGUUCCGGGCAGCGGUAUCUCCUACCAUGCCUCUGACACCGCUAUCGAGUUCCUUCCGGAGCAGACCGUCGUCUUUGCGUCGUCCGCAGAACGUCGAGUCACCGGGUGACGCAAAUUCCAGGAGUCUGCUGUCGCCGUCGUCCACGGAUACGACGACGACGACAAUCGCGUUGUCGCCCAGGAGUCCUGUCGGCGAGGUGGUGAGCCUCGCCGCGCCGCGACCAGACGGCGAGAGGAUCAUCAAUGAGUACGUCGAAGCGCCGUUCAAGCACUCGCGUUGCAAUCAGGAACGACGCCUUGACGCUGACAGCAAGGCCGUCGGCGAUUGUCCGAAGAGCGAGAGGAGGCAUCAUCAUCAUCAUCAUCAUCAUCAUCAUAAUUAUCGGGGUCACGAGGAUGCCACGGUAGUACCGACUCAUCGAACGCGCGGUCGCGCGAGGAAUCAGGGCUUGCGUGCCACGACGACCGGCGCCUCUGUUGCCACGUCAACAGCUAAUGCAACGGGAGAGAACAUCAUCACCAAGCAGCCAGUGUCCUUUACCAAGGAGCCAGCCAACGCUCUCGGCGCGAGGACUUACGAUCCGGCCGGCCUAUCCAUCAUUUGCGACUUUUGCGGCAAAUGCCGAUGCGAGUCAUGUCGAGAGCCACCCCCGUUGCCCAGCAAAUGGCUAUGCGACAAUACAUGCCUGUGCUCGGCCGAGACAGUUUUAGACUACGCAUCUUGCCUGUGUUGCGUCAAAGGUCUCUUCUAUCAUUGCGUGGAUGGGGGCAGCGGUGGAGGCGUCGCCAGCGGCAUGGACGACGAGAUCACGAUGAGUUGCGCGGAUGAGCCGUGUUCCUGUACUGGUAACCGCAGAGCUUCCAGAUGGGCCUGCUUGAGUUUUCUGACGCUCUUGAUGCCUUGUCUGUUGUGCUACUGGCCCUUGAGAGGCUGCGUUACUCUUUGCGAGUCGUGCUACGCCCGUCACGCUGCGCAAGGCUGCCGAUGUAAUCCGAGCGCGACCAGCGGUGCCGGCGGCAGGCAUCAUCCCAUUACCAGCGACAUAGGCGACUCGAAGGACCCGGAGAAGAGGCUGCUGGAUCCGGUCACACCGGAGCUCUGAGCGGAAAUUUUCAGAGAUGACACGCCAAGUGUCUUGUACGCUAUCUCUGUGACUGAAAGAAGCGAAGAUUGGACUAGAAAAAUACAGGAUCCCACUGAUGGACGACAUGUGUGAGUGUCAGUGGGAGCGAAAGUGAAUUGCAUCAAGUACAAGAGCUGCAUUUAAAUCGAGAACGAUAUCGAAUUUUGACGAACUUGUACGUUUAACGCAUCGCGAAUGUUUUUAUUUAUUAUUCUUCCAUGAACGAGGAGUGCGCGCGUGCACGUGUUGGUAUGCUUCUACAUGCGCGAAAGAGAGAAAGAGUGAGAAAAAGAGUGUACGUAAACAAGUGAGUGUCUGUACGUGCGCGUUUAUGCGUUUGUAUGUGCGUUGUGAACGAUAGGAGAAAAUGAGGUAUACGCGAGCUAGCGUAUCGUCCAGACAUACCACUUAUGCAUAUAGAUAACUCUAUAAUAUAAUGGAUUAUACGCAUUGUACCACGCGCCGAGCAAAAUUGAACGAAUGAUAAUAUAUCGGGG